AUGGCGUACUCGAGAAUGUCCGCGCUAGCCUGUGCGCUGCCUCUGGUGGCGCUCGUCCUGGCGUCGCUCUGCCUCAACACCUCCGCCGAGCUCGCCGUCCCCGAGGCUGCCUCGUCCGCGCUUGCCGCUGCCAUGUCCGGCGAUCUGGCUCAGCUCGACGGCGGCAAGAAGACUCCCCCCACUCCCACAACCCCCGCCACUCCUGGCAAGCCCGCCACUUCCGGCAAGCCCGGCACGCCCGGCGCGGGGAAGCCGGCAGUGAAGCUGAGCGGGUCGGACUCGAAGGUGGUAUCGCUGCUGGAUGCGGCGGCGGUGGACGUGGACAGCGCCAAGGCGAAGCUCUCCGUCAAGACGUACGUCAAGAGCCUCACGGACACGGCGGCGGCGCUGCGCAACGCCGCCAUUCUGAUUCGCACUGGGCAGCGCACGCUGGUGGCGGGGCAGAUCGACAACUCGAUCGCCACCAUCAACGGUGUGAGCAUCAUGCUCCCCGCCGGAGGUGCCGACAAGAGCCUGCUCGCGUCCGCCCUUGGCAAGGCGCAGAGCGCCAAGGCCGCGUGGAAGGCGUAA